AUGGCCCAGAAACCUACCAAGGCUGAUGACAGGACCAUGUCCAGGUUUCUCACAAGCAACAACACAAAGAGCAAAACACAAACAAUAACUUCAGCACCUAAAAGACCUCAUUCGGAGGUGGCAAACUCCAGUGCAGACGAAUUACAAAUGCUCAUGCAUGAGCUGUCUGAAAUAAAAAAUGAGAUAAAAGAUACUAUUAGAAAAGAGGAUUUGGAAAUUACAGUAACAAGGGUGGUUGAAAGACUUCUUAAUAACAUGGCAUCAGAAAUGGAUGCAAAAUUCAUGCAGAAAUUCGACUGUCUAAAAAUGGAAUCCGAGACCCGUGCUGCAAAACUGCAAGACCAGGUGGAUAGUCUUCAGACGGAAAAUGAGCAGUUGAAAGAAGUCAUGAGAAAGAAAGACCAAGAAAUGAAAAAAAUGAAUGAACUGCUAAAACAAAAUGAUUACUACAGCAACCCAGGAAUUGUGGGCUACUAUGAGGAGUUUAUGGACAAACUUUACACCCUGAGUAACAAGAGACUGCCUGUGUGGGCUGUGUCACAUGCAGGGCACGUAAAGAUUCCUAAAGAAUUGGAGAUUCAGGCCUCCAGUCAUGAUCCAUUCAACCUUGAGGGUCAAAUUCAACACAAGAUGGACUUUCUCAGGAACCACGUACCCAAAGAUGUAAACAUAAUUUUGAUUGGUCAUUCCAUAGGCUGUUACAUCAUUCUCCAGCUCAUGAAUAGACUGCCCGAUUUAAACAUACAUCGCGCCAUCAUGCUAUUCCCAACAAUAGAGCGAAUGGCUCUGUCACCUCAGGGACGUAUUGCAACACCAUUCCUACGCUAUUUUCGCUGGAUAGCUCGCGGGGCUGCUUAUUUCCUGUCCUUCCUUCCCCAAAACCUUCAACGAAAGCUGAUAAUUUGGCACCUAGCAGAUGACAACCUUCCAGAAUGUGCAAUCGAAUCUAGUUUGAAUUUAGUGGACCAUUUUUGUCUUGGGAACGUAAUGUACAUGGCCAAUACCGAAAUGAACGAGGUCACUGACCUACAUGUUGAUAUCAUCCGUGCUCACCUGAAGAAACUCACCUUCUAUAUGGGAUUGACGGAUGCAUGGUGCCCUGUGGAGUACUACGAGGGAAUGAAAGAGAGGUUUCCAGAUGGAGACAUUAAAUUGUGCCAAGUUGGCUAUGAGCAUGCCUUUGUUCUCGCAGCUAGUGAGCCAGUCGCUCAGUUAACAUGGAGUUGGUUGGAAAAGGAUGUUUCAGAGAAGAUAAAUGCAGAUUAACAGAGCUAUUCUUUAAUACCAUUGUGGUGGAUGUGUUCAUUGUCUUCUCUGACACAAUCCAUUCCAGGCAUCCUGGGGCUAUUAUGAGGAUUUUUUAACACAUUGAUGCAAAUUUACAGAGAUUUCUACAUUGAUUAAAGAAGUAUUUUGCAACACGGUGACUUGGCUAUCCAGUAAUGCAUCAAAUUCUGUAACAGCAGAAUUAGAAUAAAUUUAUUUUCAGUGUUCACAUUAACAAUGCACUAAAAUAGCAUGAAUUCAUCAUUUACAGAAAAAGAAAUGUUUUUUUAAAUACUUUUAAUAUUUUUUCUUUUUUUGGGAAUUUUAGCCAAAUGAUUUUCUUCAAGAAAAACAACAUUUGCUUCCAAGGUAUUCAUUUAUACUGGAGAUACCAGUACAGUACAUUGUAUUUCUCUGCCAAUGAACUACUAAAAUGUGUUCGUCAGUGUAUCUUAAAGAUUUCCAGCCCUUAGCAAAAUUAAAAGUUUGCCAAACUAUUGCAGCAAAUUUGGUGCAAACUAAAGCGGUUUUCAAGAAAAAUUGGCAUUGCUGCUAAUUUGCAGCAAGUUUGCAAGAAAAAAGAAUAUAUUGAGUUUGCAGCAGGCUUGCAAGAAAGUAUGUAUGUUCUAGCAAACCUGUGGCAAAUUAGCAGCUAAUUUUCCAGAACAUCCAAGUUUGCAGUAACUUUGCAAGAUAUUUGCAAAUUUGCAGCAUAUUUGAGAGAGAGUUUGCGGCAGGGCUGACAUUUUGCUAAGAGAUUACAGACUAUCGAUAAACUAUACAUCUUGAUUUAAGAAGGGUCUUAGCGAGCAAAGGUAACUCUGAUGUCAUAAUCUGAGUGAUAAUACUAAAGGUACUUAAGUCACCUCUCUCUCAAAAUUCACAAUUAUAUACGUGAAUAAAUGAAAUCUAAAAGUUUGGACUUAAUUACUGGUGAAGACUACAGUGCUCAAAGAUAGGAUCUUUCUGUUUUCAUAUAUACCAUAUUUCAUAUAUGUCAAAGUAAAGAGCACUGUGCACUUAAAUACAUCUAUUUACAUCAUAAUUUCUCGAUCUAGGAAUCAUUUUUUUUUUUUUUUUUACUUUAUCAU